AUGGCUUCGACCGCGAUAGACGAGGCCUCAGUCCUCGCCAGGUUCGAUGAGCUCGUCCGCGACGGCGUGGUGAUGUACGCCGAGGACAUGGAAAAAGUCUACUACGAGGACCGGGGUUUCAAGUUCGAGUUCCGCAUCACGUCAGCCCUGAAAAGCAAGCCCGCCGCCGUGGGAGACAACGCGGAGCUGGACGACGCCAACGGCGGGGCCGACGGGGGCUCCCACCACACGUCGUCCGAAACCAAGGCACCCGGUACCGGCAAUGGCAGCGCCGGCGCCAGCAGCAGCAACGGAACACUGCACGGGAUAGAGUUCGACGCGGACGGCUGCUUGCCCGGGGGCGACAUCAGCAUCGCGGGGUACGAGAUCGGCCUCGUGGGCGGCGGCGCGCACGUCCUCUCGUUCAACAAGUUCUGCGCGUACCGGCCGCACCUGAUGCUCGUGACGGCCGACGGGCGGCGGCGCCAGUUCGAGGCGCUGGACGGCGCGGACCUCGGGGCCGCGCGGGAGGUCCUGAUGGGGCUGCAUCGCCGCGGCGGCGGCGGUGGCGGCGGCGGCGGCGUUGGGCAGGAGUAUCUCGCCAUCUUCAACUGCGGCAAGAAGGGCGGGUGCAGCCGGCUCCACAAGCACAUGCAGGUGAUCCCUGCGCCCGACGCCAUCCCGUUGUGGCCCGACGAGGCCAAGCCGGAGGGGUCCUCCGGAGGGCAACCGGGCCCGCCGUUUCGGUACUUCGUGCACCGGUUCGGCGGGUCUCUGAACGGCGGCGGUGGCGGGGCUGGGGAGCUGCCGUCUGCGGACGAGCUGGUCGGGGCCUACCAGCAGAUGCUCGGGCAAGCGGCGGCGCUGGUCCCCGGGCGGGAGGAGGCCAUGGAGGAGAGCGGGGACGGGGGCGGGGGCGGCAGGGAGGCGGCGGUGCCGCACAACGUCGUGCUGGGCGGGAGGUGGAUGGUGGUCAUUCCGAGGGUGACAGACGGGGUCGACGGUAUCGGCGUGAACGCGGCGGGGAUGCUGGGCGUCGUCUGGGCCGCGGGGACGGAGACGGUCGACAAGUGGAAGAGGCUGGGGCCGAGGCGGGUGCUGGGUGAGGUUGGCGUUCGGGGGUGA